AUGCUGUGGACAGCAUGGCCAACACAAAACUCUGCUGAAACACUGAGCAGGCUGGAGAGUCAGACAACACACCUGAAGAGUAUUUGUCUGCAGUAUCAGCUGUAUCUUCUUUUCAUUUUAAAGAAUGAGAUGAGACUAAUCAUCAUCUUCCUAUGUGCUUAUAUAUUAAAGACAGCAGCAGGUCAUUGCAAGUGGGCAGCAGUUCUGAAAGAUUUGGAGCAGAUCAAGACAUCCAAAGACAUUGAUGUCAGAUUAUACACAGCGAACACAGAUGAGGAUGUAAAAUGCCAAGAACCUGUAAUGAGGUGCUUCUUCUUAGAGACACAAGUAAUUCUUCAAGAAUGCCUUAUCAAAAAUUGUAGUAAAACACAGGAUGUACGGAACAUAUGGAAAAAUGGAAAUGCAAGCUUAGAGAAUAACAAGUUGAAUUCCACAAUGUCAGCAAAAUGCAAAGAAUGUGAAGAGUAUGAAGAAAAAAAUUUUACUGAAUUUAUACAGAGUUUUGUAAAGGUUAUACAGAAGGAAUGCAAACACUGA